UCAGUUUGUCUGCGGAGCUACAGGGUGUCGAGAUGUUUCCUUUAGGCUUUUGUCUCGCGUUGGUUGUGGCAGCUGUCACCGGACAGGAGAUGUUAAAAAACCCGGGCAUGGACAGUAUGGCGAAUUGGGACUGCUGGAACAUAAACUGUGACCUGUCUACAGACAAACACAGCGGGAGUCACGCCAUUCAUGCCACAAACAGGCACCAUUUUUACGACGGUCCUUCUCAAACUGUCAACGUCUCACCAGGGAAACACUACAAUGUGGAAGCCUGGGCUAAAGUCUCUAAAGAUAAUGGGAAAGGUCAGAAAAUGACCUUGGAAGUGGAGAACCAUUUGCCAAACGGCCAUAGCAGUUACACAACUGUUUCAAGUCGAAAUUCACUGCGCACGUCUUCAGGCUGGAUCAAGCUUUUCGGUAUUUACCUGGCUCCACCUGGAGUGAAAAACAUCAAGGUGUACUUCCAAGGGCCAGAGCCCGGCGCUGAAUUCAUCGCAGACGCAGCAUCAAUGACACCCUUGGGGGAGGGGUCGGGAGACUGGAAAACACACGCAAACGCUCGGAUUGACAGUUUACGUAAACAUAACGUACAUAUCAAAGUAUCCAACGACGCUGGGUUUGACAAAAACGGCGUUACGAUUGAGGUAGUACAAAACAAGCAUCUGUUCCCCUUCGGAACGGCAGUUGUGGCACACAUCAUGAACAAGAACAAUGGUGGGUCAGACCAAAAAUAUCGCCAGUUCGUCUACGACCAUUUCAACUGGGCCGUCACGGAGAAUGCAAUGAAGUGGGAUCAGAUGGAAAGAACUGAGGGUCAUCCAAAUUAUGACACUGCUCUAAACGCUGUGAAGAAACUCAGAAGCCACGGGCUCAAAGUGCGAGCUCAUAAUUUGAUUUGGGCAGAUGAACGAUGGGUGCCCGCUUGGCUAAAAUCUAAAUCUGCUGGUGAAGUGAAGUCGUUGGUGGACAAACACGUUAAGGAAACGGUCACCAAAUUUAAGGGACUUGUCGAGCAUUGGGACGUUAACAACGAAAUGCUCCACAACAACUGGUACAUCCGGAAGACUGGAGACCACGACUUCACUAAGAAAGUGUUCAGAGAAGUCCAUCAAUACGACCCUCACGUGAAACUUUUCCUGAAUGACUUCGGCGUGGUGGCCGGAUCAGACGCUACAAAUGCAUACGUCGCUCAGGGAAAAGACUACAAAUCAUCUGGUACUUACGUAGCCGGCAUGGGAGCACAAUGUCAUUUCUGGCAAAUUCCUGACCCUCUUGUCGUAAAGCAACGUCUGGAUAUCUUGUCCGAGGUGGGACUGCCCAUCUGGGUUACAGAGUUGGACAUCAAGGAGCCUGACGAACAUAAGAGAGCAGACGCCUAUGAGAACGUUCUCCGCAUGUUGUUCUCACAUCCCAGUGUCCAUGGCAUCAUGUUCUGGGGCUUCUGGAGUCAGCAUCACUGGGCAGGAGAAGCCGCGUCCCUCGUAUCCGGGCCAGAGUUUAGGAUUAACGCUGCCGGAGAGAGGUUCCUAAAACUCAUGAGUCAGGACUGGAAGACGUACGACAAGCACCAACUGACCCGAGGAAGUACUUACUCUGUGCGGGCUUUCGCCGGAGAUUACGACGUGUACAUCAAGAGGAACGGACAAGUAAUACAAACAGAGCACUUUAGCGUAGGCAACUCGGACUACAAUUUUAACCUGCACCUAUCCGCCCACGGGUACUAGUAACUACUUUGCUUCUCAGCCCAUGCUCUGGUACAGGUUUACUGACACAUUAUACUGAAGUAAAAUGUUGAAACUCA